AUGGCAUCCAUUCAAGAGGACCCGGUUCAAGACAGACCCACAGACGAGCGCCAGCGUUUGAAAGAACAUUUUUCAAUCCCGCUGGAACAGCACGGAGACAAAUGGUCUGAGCUUUGGAAUAACGGCGAAUUGCCCUGGGAUAAGGGAGCAGCGAAUCCGGCACUAGUCGAUUUACUCGUACAAUGGGAGGAGCACGAUUUCUUUAGAUCGCGAGAUGCAUUGAAGACAAGAAGGAGGGCGUUGGUUCCCGGGUGUGGUCGUGGUUAUGAUACAAGCUUGCUCUCAACAUAUGGUUACGACGCCUUCGGUCUCGACAUCUCCGAAACCGCCGUAAAGGCAGCCAGUGAGUGGGUGUCCUCGCAGAGUGAGGAAGAGAAAAACACACAGUCGAAACAUUCAUUCGAGAUGUGGGGACAAUCUCAUAUAGUUUUGGGUGACUUUUUCAAAAAUGAUUGGGCCGAGAAAUUGCACUUUGACCUAAAGGGAGGAUUUGAUCUUGUCUAUGAUUAUACAUUCCUUUGCGCUCUACAUCCAACACUUCGUGCCAAGUGGGCUGCGCGGAUGGCAGAACUCAUCGCGCCGCAACAUGGAUUGCUUAUAUGUCUUGAGUUCCCGCUCUACAAGCCUCUAGAGACUGGGGGCCCACCAUGGGGCCUAACGAGCAAAAUUUAUGAUGAACUCUUGGGAGAUAAUUUCAAGAAAGUCCUAUUUUAUAAGCCUGAGAGGACUCACAAGAUUGGACAAGGUUCAGACUACGUGAGUGUUUGGAGGAGAAAAUAA